UUUGUCAUGUCAACAGUGAACAGGAAACAUUCAUGCUGCUUUAUACCGAGUUGCUAAAAACCGAAAUAAUUAAAAACAAUUAAUUAUGUAUUCAACUAUAUAACUUUAAUUAUAUUCAAGUACGUUAUUAAUGCACAUACUACUUGUUUAGUGCGCGUAAUUUUAAUAAAUACAUACAGGUCAAGUCAACCGAUAAGGGCAGUCGUGUAAAACUGACGUGGUUUUAUAGAAGAUCGUGUUUAGAAUUAAAUCACAAACAUUGCUGAACUGUUAUUCACUCUAGCACAAUGUCUUGGGUCAGAGAGAAUUGUUUGUCCUUCUUCCAAAUGUUUUGUAUAAAAGUUGUGAAGACCGGCCGUAUCCCGAAACAUAUCGCUUUUAUUAUGGAUGGAAACCGUCGUUAUGCGAAAAAGAACAGCGUUGAUAACAGUGCUGGACAUUACAAAGGAUUUGAUAAGCUGUCCGAAACUUUAAGGUGGUGCUUAGAUCUAGGUAUCCCAGAAGUAACGGUGUAUGCAUUCAGUAUAGAAAACUUUAAAAGAAGUAAAGAAGAAGUCGAUGGACUUAUGGAUUUGGCUAGAGACAAGUUUCGAAGAUUAAUGGAUGAAAUUGAACAAAUCAACGAGUGGGGUGUGAGGAUACAUAUUGCAGGCAGACUGUCUUUGCUACCAAAGGAUCUACAAGCUCUUGUAUCAAAGUCUAUGCUGGCAACAAGAGAUAACAAUAAGCUUAGAUUAAACAUUGCUUAUGCCUACACAGGUAGGGAUGAAAUCAGCCGAGCUGCCUCUCACAUAGUGGAUGGAGUGAAGAACAAUGAUUUGGCACCACAAGACAUUGAUGAUGAGCUUGUAUCACAAACCCUUGAGCUUAGGGAAGCGGAACUUCUUGUAAGGACAUCAGGCGAAGUGAGAUUGUCUGACUUUAUGUUAUGGCAGGUUUCCAAUACAGUGCUGUACUUUACGGAAGUUUUAUGGCCAGAGUUCAGUAUUUGGAAUCUUCUAGCAGCCAUAAUACAUUUCCAAAGAUAUGCUCCACCGCCCAAAGAGCCAGAACAUAUCAGUGAUACAAAGAAACAGUUUUUGGAAAAGUUGGAAAGCCAAAGAUGGCAGCACAUUGAGAAAAUCAUCAAUUGUCCAUUAUAUGCAUAGUCAUAGUUUUAGUGAUAGUAGCUGUUGUUGAACAAUUUAAUCAAAAUUAUUAGAAAUACCGCCGUACUAACGCCCGAAUACUCAAACGCUACUCAAUUUUAUGUUGUACUUAAAUAUCGUGCUAUCUCUGUCA